AUGGAGUUCGUCAAAGACUAUAAUUUCGAAUUGAAAUAUCAUCCAGAAAAAGUCAAUGUGGUUGCAGAUGCUUUAAGUCGAAAGUUUGUGAGUAUUGCUAGUAUAAUGAUAGGAGACUGCAAGUUGAUAGAAGACUUCAGAGACAUGCAUUUGACAAUGAUUGGAGAUGAUUUGGGUAUUGAGAUAAAGGAGACUAAGGUUCAUGAUGAGCUAAUUAAGAAAAUCCGAGAAGUUCAAAGACAAGAUGAUGAUGUAGAGUCACUGAUAGGGAAAAAAGAUGUCUCUUGGGAAGAUCAUGACUUGGUAUUGUAUCAAGGCAGAGUUGUUGUGCCUAAGGGAGAACUGGUGGAAGAAUUAUUAGUUAAGGCGCAUAAAUGCCAAUUUAGUAUUCACCCAGGAGCCACCAAGAUGUUGACAAAGUCAGCCCAUUUCUUGCCUGUUAGGACUGACUAUAGCAUGGAGAGGCUAGCUCAAUUGUACAUUAAAGAGAUUGUCAGGCAGUAUGGUGUGCCCGAGAGCAUCGUUAGUGAUAGAGAUUCAAAGUUCACCUCUAAGUUUUGGGGUGCUUUAUAG